UACAAGUACUGUAAGUGCUAAAUUAGCACUUCAUUUUUACAGUGUUGGGGAGGUGUGGCGAAACAGAUAAUGAUGUUGUCAUGCGACAAUGUAUAAGAUGAGACGGACAUGAUUUUUUGCGUCUUCGUUUUGUAUCAAUGCGUAAUGUGCUUCCGUCUCAUGUUAGGCCUUGGAAUAAAGACAAAAUCACAAUAUAGAUAGAUAUCUCACUGCGAGAAGGGUGCUUUAAUAUUUCUCUUUAUAAUCCAAACACGGCACUUGAGACGGGGAUCGAAAGGUAUCGAGAUGGAUGAAUAAGAACGAUCUCGGUAUUUAGCAUGCAAAAUAAAUCGUCAAUCUUCGUAAUGAAUGUAGGAAUGAGAAAUUCGCAUCCCGGAUCCGUAUCUUGCAUCUAAAGGCACUUUUACAUUCGAUAAAACGCCAUCUUCAAGGAUGAAGAGGGAUCGAUCGGUUACAAAUAAUGUGAUCGAUGAAAUCUUUACUGACAACACUCCAACAUUUGCCUACCAUGCAUGCUCUAUACAUUAUCAUUUUACGAUCUACAAGAAUAUACUAAAAUCUCAUAUAAAACAGAUGCAUUAAAAAUCUAUUAUCGACAUGUAUUGCAAAGUACCCCUAUAUAAAACGCAAACACCCACCCAAACCUACGUGUGAGUUUAGGCUUAUUCGAUGCAUAAUGCAUACCUUUAAGUUAUGUAUACGUGUUCAUAUAAUAACAUACCCGCACGCAUUCUAAACAGUUCGUUCCUACAAGGAAAAAAAUCCGUCACCUCUAUUGAAAAAUAACAUUCUCAUCCAAUGUCAUGUACAUCGGAAUAAUUUAUAGUCAAAGUGUUGUCAUUCGUGUGUGUUUGAUCUUUGCCAGGCAGUAAUGUAACUUGAACCACAUCUUAUAUCGAUAAGAAACGUUCAUUGGCGGUCUUUGAUCGCAUAUAUUACAAGGUCAUGGUCAUGACUUCUCAAUGUUUGUUUGUAUAAAACAAGCAGGUCUAACACGAAAGACAUCAAAUGUUUCUGAUGAACAUUGUAUAUCACAUGAGACUGUAGCACAGAGGACAGUUUCGACACAGAGUAAAAUAUCAUCUGAAGACGAAAAGUGUUGAUCAUGGAAUUUGGAGGACUUGAUGGAACAACCCUGGUAGUUUUGGUCGUGUUGCUGAUAAGCAUUGCGGGCCAUCGAUUCUUCCUCUGCAUGGUGGCAGUAUGGAGAGAAGUCAAGAGAAUCAUGCACAUUCGACAUACUCUUCCAGGCCCCAAACCUCACUGGUUGUUCGGCAAUGCCCUCCAAGAACCAGGACCACUGACUCCUGGGUUUGAGUGGCAUCGAAACAUGGCCAAGACCUAUCCAAAAAUCCAUGUCUUCUGGGCUGGUUGGAACCCAAUCGUUAAUCUGAAUCAUCCUGACUCUGUGAGGAAUGUCCUGAAUGGCAACACUGGAACCGUAAAAAAUUUUUGGGGUUAUAAUAUAUUUCACGAGUGGCUUGGUCAGAAUAUGCUCACAGCGGAUGGAAAUUCAUGGAAAAGACACCGGAGACUUAUUACGAACACUUUCCAUUUCAACGCUCUCAAGACAUACAUCCCCAAGAUAAAUCAGGUUGCGGAUACCUUGGUUUCUGUCAUUUCAAAAAGAAAUGAGGCGGGAAAGUCCCUUGAACUGCACAAAACAAUGUGUUCUUUUGCCAGUGACGUCACCCUUCAGUGUGUCUUUUCAUACAAGUCGGACUGUCAAGUUGGCGAGUCCGACUUCGUGAAUUCAAUCCACACUUUGGCAGAUAUUGUUACAAAAAGAGGCUUUAGCGCAAUCCUGUCUUACGAGUUCAUCUUCCGGAGAUCUUCACUUUACAAAGUAUGGAGAGAAGCAAUCAAUGUUGUCCAUACACUCAUCAAGAAGAUCAUCUCAGAUCGUAGAGGGCAGCACAGAACAAGUGGAUCUACACUGGAAUACAUCAAAGGAAUGGAUUUUCUCGACACAAUUAUGUUAGCAACAGAUUCUGAAGGAGGUCUUACCGAUGAAGAGAUAAGAGACGAGGCGAAUACAUUCUUGUUUGCUGGGAUCGACACGACGUCUAGCGCCCUCACAUGGCUGAUAUACUUGAUGGCUACCCAUCCAGAAUACCAGACCAAGGUUCAGGAAGAAGUUGAUGAACUCUUUAAGGAUCGUGAGAAUCGAGAGAUAAAUAGUGAAGAUCUCCGCAACACUCCGUUUCUGAUGAAAUGCAUAAAGGAAAGUAAACGUAUGUAUUCGUUCAUAUGCCCAGGUCGUCUGCUAACCGAACCAUUGGUCAUAGAUGGUUAUACAAUCCCAACAGGUACUGUCGUCGCUAUGUUCACGUACCAACUCCAUCACAAUCCUGAAGUGUGGGGAGACGAUCACAUGACAUUCAAACCAAGCCGCUUCGAUCGCGAGAACGUCGAGAGUCGAGAUUCCUUCGCUUUUAUUCCUUUCUCCGCUGGUGCGCGUAACUGCAUCGGCCAACAGUUCGCGCUCCAGGAGAUGCAAAUAGCAGCGAUUCGAAUCUUCGACAAGUUUGGCUUUACUUUGCUCCGUGACUCCAAAACCUUCUUUAAAAUAGUCAACGUGCCUCAAAAUGAAAUACUUCUCGGCAUUCAUCCACGGAACGGCAAAUGACUCUGUGAAACUGGCUUUUUCUUUUGGACAAUUAACAAAAGUUGCUACAGAAAGAGAAAAAUUUAAUUUCAACGUUUUUCCAAUCAUCAUUAUUUUCAAUUGACGACUUCUGAAGCCCUUUAACUUCAUAAAGAAUAGUGUUCGCCAGAAGGUAAAUCUAAUUUUCAUCAACACAACAAUACAAUGUUUGGCAUACUGUCCCAGACAUCCCUUACCUUUGAAUAAGUCUGCUCACAAAAACAUAAUAGUCAUUUUUAAAAUAGCUGUGUAGUAUUUCUACAGAUU